CAUGUCAAGAAAGAUGAUGGACAGUUGUGAUUGACCAAUCCGUGACCGGGGAUUUUGAAGCGGACCAAUCAGAAUGCAGGAUGGGACAGCUAAAGGGGAGUCCGGGGCUGAAGCACAAAACAGAAUUUCUGCUCGAUAGCAGCGGAAAAAAAGACUAAUGCUUGUGCCGUUAGCCAUCUGGCAGCCGUGCCGCUGUCCGCCUCACCGUCUGAGACCCAGCAUGUGGAGCAGGUCAUUCCAGUGACAUGGACAAGUACGAAAAGGUGAAAAAGAUCGGGGAGGGCUCCUUUGGGAAGGCCAUCCUAGUCAAAUCUAAAGAGGAUGGACGCCAGUAUGUCAUUAAGGAGAUUGGGAUCUCUGGGAUGUCAACCAAAGAGAGGCAGGAAUCUCGGAAGGAGGUCUCUGUUCUCGCCAAUAUGAGCCACCCCAACAUUGUCCAGUACAAGGAGUCAUUUGAAGAGGGCGGCUGUCUGUACAUUGUGAUGGACUACUGUGAAGGCGGAGACCUGUUCAAGAAGAUCAACUCUCAGAAAGGAAUGCUUUUCUCUGAGGAACAAAUCUUGGAUUGGUUUGUGCAGAUUUGUUUGGCGCUCAAGCACGUACAUGGACGCAAAAUUCUCCACAGGGACAUCAAGUCACAGAACAUAUUUCUGACUAAAGAUGGGACGGUGCAGCUGGGAGACUUUGGGAUUGCGAGAGUCCUGAACAGCACCGUAGAGCUGGCGAGGACUUGCAUUGGAACGCCAUAUUACUUAUCACCAGAGAUCUGUGAAAAUAAACCAUACAACAACAAAAGUGAUAUUUGGGCUCUUGGCUGUGUCCUGUAUGAGAUGUGCACUCUGAAGCAUGCAUUUGAGGCUGGAAACAUGAAGAACUUGGUUCUCAAGAUCAUCCGGGGCUCAUACCCCCCCGUGUCCGUCCACUACUCCCAAGAACUGCGCUCCCUCCUGGCUCAGCUGUUCAAGCGGAACCCUCGAGAGAGGCCGUCCGUCAGCAGCAUCCUGGAAAAGCCCUUCCUCUCCUGUAGGAUAGAGAAGUUUCUUACACCACAGAUUCUUGCUCAGGAAUUUCGCCAUACUUUUAUUCACAAACAGCCUAAACUGGUUGUGGCACAGGUGCCAUCAGCCCUAAAGAUUACCAAACCAGCCUGCAAAUAUGGAGUGCCUUUAACCGCGAGGAAAGUUACGGAUGCAGCCAGAAAGCCGUCAGACAGGAGGGCAGCUCUAAAACAGAAACCAGCACCUCUCCCAGCAGCCCAUCAGAGAAGAGGGAGUCAAGUGGAGGAGGAGAGGAAAAAGCAAGAGGAAAACAUCAGAAAGAAAAGGAUGGAGCUGAUGGAGAAGAAACAGAAAGAGCAGAUGUUCCUGCUGAGAGGAGAGCAGAUGAAGAGAUGUGAUAAAGAAAAGAUCAACCGAAUAAAUCAAGCCAGAGAGCAGGGCUGGAAACACGUCCUGAGUUCAAGUGGAGGCAGCAGUCCAGAGAAGAAGUGUUUUGUGAGAGCUGGGAAGCGGCCUUCUGGUGCUGCCCCUCCUAUUCCAAGCUGCCCUCCGGCUGCCGCCCCCAGCAAGAGCCCGCACGAGCAAAGCCACGCAGCUUCGGACCAAACGGCUAAAGCCCAGCAUAAAGACGCCAGCCGGGUGUCCGCAGGGCCGUGCAGCCCCCUUCGAGGAGAACCAGCAGGUCCAGUUCUGCCCAGCAGACGCUUCAACCACACUGCGAUCAAGAGGGAGCUUCAGAGGCUGCAGAGCGUUUCCAAACAAGUGCACAUCAGCCGGCAGCGUGGUCACAUGGCGGCUGAACGAGCCUUUCAGGUGGAAGAGUUCUUGCAGAGGAAGCGGGAGGCCAUGCUCAACAAAGUCCGUGCUGAAGGCCAGCUGGGAGCACGCCAAAACCUGGCUGCCAUCAAUGGAAGCCGGUCCGGUGCAGUUGGAUGCAGGCGACCGAGAGUCAACAAAGAGGAGGAGGAAUAUCUGACCAGACUUCGGCAGAUCCGCUUGCAGAACUUCAACGAGCGUCAGCAGAUCAAAGCUCGACUCCGGGGAGAGAAGUAUGACAGUGACGGCUCCGAUAGCCAGGAGUCCAGCGAGGAGGCGGAGCUUAGGAGAAAGAAGAUCGAAGCUUUAAAAGCUCAGGCAAACGCCCGAGCCGCCGUACUGAAAGAGCAGCUGGAGAAGAAGAGGCGAGAAGCAUACGACAGAGAAAAGAGAGCCUGGGAAGACCAUCUUGCUACCAAAGGGCUGAAGGUGGGCGUGGUAGCAGGAGGUGCAGCAGGAGGUGCAGCAGUCUCAUCCACCCCUGACUCUGACUCCAAGGCUCCAGCCCCGUCUGCAUCCAAGCCAUCCAGCCCAGCUAUAUCUAUGACCGCCGCCCUCAAGAACAUCGGAGCAAUCACUUCCCCUAAAGAAACCUUAAGUGAGCCGGCUGCAGCAAUCCAGAACGAGGAACAGAUGAUUCUGCAGAGACUCAAUCAGAACCUGAAACCUCAGAGCCCGCAGGAGGAGUCUGUCCCGACCCCUCCAGAACCAGGUCCAGCCCUGCAGCAGAACCAGGCGGAGAAACUGCCCUCCUCAGACGGAGAUCGCAGGAAGUGGGAGGCGGCCGAGCUGCCUGCACUUCCUUUAUCUCAACAAACCUUAGAGGAGACACAUCCCACAGAACCAGCCUCUCCUCCAGAAGACAGAGCUUCCUCUGGUGCCGACAGGAAGCGGUGGGACGCUGGUCUUCCACUGGUCCUUCCUGCAGCCCAGCACACGCUAGAGGAGACGUGCUUCACUACCAUUGACCACACUGGGGGGGAAGUCAUACAGAUGGGGGGCCUGCUGGAAGAAGCUCACAGGAAGGAGUGGGGCACCAGUCCAGUGGGGCGGGUGCUGAGAGUGCUUCAGGAGGCGGAGCUUCAACCUCUCAGCCAGAAGAUGGAGUCUGACAUCAUGCAUGAGGACGGAGCUGAUGAGCACGACCAGGAUAAAGCGGCAGAGAUCACAGAGAUGUCCACUGAAGUAGUAAUGUCUGCCGAGGAUCGGAGUCAGGCUGCAGAACCCCCCGACCUCCAUGAGACCCAAGGUCCAGUGGAUCUGGAGUCUGUGGUUCUGGAGGAGGGUCCUAAACCAGAACCAUCUGGUCCAGUCAAUGUGCAGCGAGCGUGGGAGCAGGAAGCCCAACAGCUCAGGCCACUGGAUGCUGUUUCAAGGCCGGCCGACACGGCUGAGAAUGGUUCAGAAAAACCCCCUGAACCGUCCGGUUCACUGCCACAGCAGGAGGAGGAGCCUCUGUUCGUGAAGUUCUGCUCUCCGGUCCACCGGCGCACCGCUGCCCUAGCUGCCCUCUCUGCUCAGUCCUCCAUGGAGGAGUCGUCCUCCUCUCUGGCCUCUCGCUCCCGAUCCGUGUCCCCCCUGCGCUCCAAGCAGCAGAACGCCCUCCUCAUCGGACUCUCCACCGGCAUGUUCGAUGCCAACAACCCCAAGAUGCUGCGGACGUGCUCUCUGCCAGACCUGGGUCGACUCUUCAGCUCUCAGCAGGAGGUGGCGGUGGCGAGCACGGCGGACGUUGUCCCGGACAACAACCUGGAGCUGGAAGACUUAGAAGAUGCAGCGAAAGAGGAGGAGCAGUCAGAGGCUGAAGAUGCAUAUGAAGACGAGGACCUGCAGGACAUCAGGGCCUCCAUGGAGAGGUUGCUGCAGGAGGAGGCUGACAUGGCGGCAGGAGACCUGAACGGAAACCCCGCAGGAGACGCAGAGAUGGAUCCUAACAACCGCAUGGCUGUAGACGAGGAUGAGGACGAGGACGACGAGGAUGAGGAUGAAGAGGAGGAUGAAGAAGACGAGGAGGAUGAGGAAUGCUCUAAUGGUAGUCCUGGAGAUGAGGAGGCAGGAGAGCUGCUGUCGAACGGCGUGGGAGAAGGGCGCUACAGAAAUAACAAGCAGCUGAAUGAAGAAUGGCAUUCAGAUGGCAGCGAGGAGGAUCAGGGAGGAGAAUCUGAGCAUCACGACAGCAUCUUCAGUCGGCUGGAAGAGCUGCGCUUCAACCUGGAGCAGCAGAUGGGCUUUGAGAAGUUCAUUGAAGCUUACAACAAGAUUAAGGCUAUUCACGAGGACGAGGAUGAAAAUAUUGAGCUGGGCUCCAGUUUGGUUCUGAGCAUCCUCGGAACCGAGCACCAGCAUCUGUACCCCAACAUCCUCCACCUGGUGAUGGCAGAUGGUGCAUACCAAGAAGACAAUGACGAGGAAUGUUUUGGUGAGUGAAGCUGCUGGCAGCUGUGGACGUCCCGUGUCUUCCUGCACCAGUCGGUGGCCCGGAGGGAUCUAUGCAUGCCGUGUGGCAGCCUCACAUGGAACAGUGUUUCAGGCACACUUGCAUGAUGUUCACUGAUGCACUUCAGACUGUAUUUCACUUCAGGACGAGCACCGUUUCCCCUGUUAGCCCCGUUCAUUUCUAAGCCUCAGUGACAGUCCCAUGAGGCCUGCGCCUUCAAGGCCCUUUUUUCUGUUUUGUUUUCUGUGGGCUCAGUCGGACCAACGGUUCGUUUUGCCGGCACUCUCUCAGCUGUGCCCGGCUCAGUCGUGACAUCUGCAGAGAAACCAGGAUUUACUCAAAAACCGUUGAACCUCCUUUUGUUACCAGAGUUUUCUCCAGACCAGAACCGAGAUCUACAGCGUUUUUCACAUUUCUACCGUCUCCUGUUAGUCUCUGUAGCAGAAUGUGAGCCCGGCUGGAUCCAAAUCAACGUCUUCAUGGAACAUCUCUUUGAAUAGAUGCUACAAAGAUUUCUUAUUUUAUUCUAAAUUAAAACUUGCAAAUGUUUGUAUGGAAUAAAGAAAAUCAAUAAAAACUGAAGGUUUUUCUGU